GGAGCGCGGCUCACCAGGCGUCGCUUCCUCAGCUGCGGCUACAAAAUAUGGAUUCCCGCUACUCGAAAACCACAAUCAGCUUCUGACUGCAAAUCGUGCUAACUUUCCAGAGCUUCUCUUGGAUUUUACUUCUUACUUGCAAAAAUGUCUCUCGAAGAAAAAUUCAGUGCUGCCGCCAGCUCCGUCAAGAGCAUGAAAAGCCGUCCCAGUGACACCGAAUUGCUUGAAUUGUAUGCUCUCUACAAACAAGCAACUUGUGGAGAUUGUGGCAUUGAUAAGCCUGGUGCCGCCGAUCUGAAAGGCAAAGCAAAAUGGGAAGCCUGGAAUGGCAAGAAAGGCAUGGGCCAGGAUGCCGCAAAAGAGGCCUACGUCACUUAUGCUAACACCCUCAUCACCAAGUACUAAACUUCAUGACUUCAGUCAAGUCAGCAAGCUCUUGCUUUCCAACUUCAGAACGGAGAUGAAAGUCUGAAUCCGAAAAUAGCAUUAACAGUAACAUUCACUAAGCCUGCAUUUAGCCAAGACUUAAUGCCUAUCCUAAAAGCAAAACCAUUUUGUUGAUUUCUUUUAAUUACUCUUUUAGAAUUAUUCUCAUAAUGAGAAAAAUGUGCGAAUACACCAUUAAAUAUAAGAAAACUGGCAUUAAACGACAAAUGUGUUGCCGAAUACGUAUAAUUCCCACAGACCUCUGUGAAUAUUUAAAUACCUCUGCAGAUAUAUUCCCUUGUAUUUGCAGAAGUUAUCUAUAUAUGUAGAUAACUGUCACGGUUCCUAGAAAAUAGCAGCCUUGCUAUCAAUAAUCUUAAAUUCAGACAACAAAAUCAAUCUGUUUUUAUAAACAGGAUGGAAUGGUUUUACUGUAUCUAAAAGCUGACUGAAAUCUUAAUUCAUGUCAAGCUAGACUUAUAUAGAAAUGUACAAAUAACCUGAUUUGAAAUAUUUCAAACUUACGUCUCCGUUCUUUUCAUCUGUAUAUUCUUCGCAUCUCUUCAAGCUCAGCUUAUUUCAUCUCGAAAAUCCGUUUUUAGGGUAAUUUUUGACUCUGUUCCUAUGGAAGUGCAUGUACAAAAUUUUUAUACAAUUGAAAUAAACAAUUUGAAAAAUGUA